UGCUUGUUGGCUUUAUUAGAAAGAAAAGAGAGACAGUGAGAGAGAGAGAGAGAGAGCGAGAGAGAGAGAGAGCAGCACUCGUCUCCACUCCCCCUCCCAGCAAAGGGGAGAGCAAGUCUAAAUCAUGUUGCAUAUCAGUGCUGUUGUGCUGUGAUGCUACUCAGGCAGAGCCCGGCGCAGAGCAGGCACCCGUGUGGACCAGCACUCAGACCCAGGAUCAGCCCAGCCUUCCCAGAGCUGGAGACCCUCUCCCCGCAGCGACCCUCGCCUCCACCGCAGGCCCCCUUCAGUGACAUGUACCCUGAAGAGAGCCGGGGGUCUGGAGCCACUGUGGACUUCAUUGAAGGGACCUACGACUAUGCGGCCCCCACUCCUGCCCCGACCCCUCUCUACAGCCACUCCACGGCGGGCUUCUACUCUCCUCCUCUGGACGCCAACGGACAGCCCUCGGAUGGCAGCCUUCAGUCCCUGGGUAGUGGGCCAGCUAGUCCUCUAGUGUUCGUGCCCUGCAGCCCCCGACUCAGCCCCUUUAUGCACCCCCCCAGCCAUCACUAUUUGGAAACCACCUCAACUCCUGUGUACAGGUCCAGUCUGCAGUCAGUUUCCAGAGAGGACCUGUGCGGCACCAGCGACGAGUCGUUCAGCGUGGGGGAGUCGGGAUAUGUAGGCUUCCUGCAGCUGGGGCUCCAUGACCAGGUGCAGCUGCUGGAGAGCUCCUGGCUGGAGGUUCUGAUGAUCGGGCUCGUCUGGAGGUCCAUCCACUGCCCCGGGAAGCUCAUCUUUGCUCAGGACCUCAUACUGGACAGGAACGAAGGAAACUGUGUUGAAGGCAUGGCGGAGAUCUUCGACAUGCUGCUGGCGACGGCUUCACGCUUCCGCUUGCUCAAACUCAAACCCGAGGAGUUUGUCUGUCUCAAAGCCAUCAUCUUGCUCAACUCUGGGGCCUUCUCUUUCUGCACCGGCUCCAUGGAGGCCCUCCACGACACGGCGGCGGUGCAGAUCAUGCUCGACACCAUCACAGACGCUCUCAUACAUCACAUCAGCCAAUCAGGAGGCUCGGUGCAACAGCAGUCCAGACGACAGGCCCAGCUGCUCCUCCUGCUCUCACACAUCAGGCACAUGAGCAACAAAGGGAUGGAGCACCUCUACAGCAUGAAGUGCAAGAACAAGGUGCCUCUGUACGACCUGCUGCUGGAGAUGCUGGACGCUCACCGCCUGCACCGCCCCGACAGACCAGGCCAGCCCUGGACCCCGACUGACGGAGAGCCCCUCCCCAGCGGCAGUGGAGGAGGACCACGAAUCUGCAAUGAGAGCGCCAGCAGAGCCCCGACAGUCCUGCAGUACGGGGGCUCCCGCUCGGACUGCACCCCCAUCCUAAUAUUUGAUCAGUUUUUACAGAUUCUGUUUUACCAACGCAGUGAUUCCAAUGUCUCGUCAUCACCGCAGAACAAUUAUCGCAGUUAUUACAAAGCUCACUGUUUCCUGUCGCAGCCGUCUACUAAAACUACCAGUGAUUGUUUGGCUUUCUUAAAAGCAGGGACUUUGAAGUUCAUGCUCAAACAGAAAGAUACAAAAAUAACUGCCUUUAUGAAGGCAUUUUAACAAAAAUA